CUCGCCAGCGCAGAGCUCAACCAGCUGAACUCAAUUGGAGCGGUGGCAUAACACCCAGUUAUCUCUGUAUUUUAUACACGUAGUUCGUGUUAAGUUGUAGUGGAUAUCAAGUCAACAAUUAAUAAACAAUCAUGUUGGCCAAGGAAAACAAAGCUUUCACGAAAGAGGAGGAGCUACUGCUUCAAGAUUUCAGUCGAAAUGUGUCGACAAAAUCUUCGGCUCUAUUUUAUGGAAAUGCCUUCAUAGUAUCUGCUAUUCCCAUAUGGUUGUUCUGGAGAGUGCACGCUCUGGAGGUCAGCUCUUCCCUAGCGUGGUUCGCUAUGGUGACAGCUGCCAGCACCUGGUUGCUCGCGUUGGCGUACAGGAACACCAAGUUCCAGCUGAAACACCGUGUCGCCGUGCGUAGAGCCGACGCCGUCGCGCGUGAGAUGGCUCGCAAGCUGGCCGAUGACAAGAAAAUGAGCAGGAAGGAGAAGGACGAGAGGAUCCUGUGGAAAAAGAAUGAAGUGGCUGAUUAUGAAGCAACCACCUACUCAAUCUUCUACAACAAUGCUCUGUUCCUGACCAUUGUGAUCCUGAGCAGCUUCUACAUCCUGCGCUCAUUCACACCCACUGUUAACUACAUUGUUUCCCUCACGGCUGCCUCUGGAGUCCUAGCCCUGCUUUCUACUGGAACCAAGUGAAGAACUACGUAUGUGUAAGUGUUGCCACCCAAAUAAUAUGAACAACAUCUAAUUUCUACAGAACUUAAAAGUGGCAACAUUGUGAGUGUGUGAGAAUGUUACAGAAGUUGAGCAUAAAUGUCUCUGUUUUGGUGGGACAUGAGUACUGAACUUUGCACAGUUAUUUAUGUGUAUACAUUGAAUAAAUCUAGAAUAAUUUUAUAAUUUAAAGGUAAUAAAAUAAUUAAAAACA